AUGUGGGAGCUUGGCUCAGAAUCUACACUGCCUAUAUACUGCGCACUCUCCAGAGAUCAGUCAUGUACCUUGCCAACAACCACCAGCAGUAUUGACCUCACUUCGCUAAACCCUACAAGUACCCCCGCUCUGUAUUCAUUGUCUGGUCUGAACAGCCAUCUAGUCAAGCAGUGACCAAAGUGAGAAUUUACAUUUUAAGGUCAACAUAGCUGUAUUUAAAACAUUCUCUAAGUCAGCUAUACUUCUAGUUCAGCUACUUUGACUGUCAGUUUGAAAUUCACUUGGAAUUCUCACUUCGGAGAUGGUGUUUGAAUUCCCUUUUAAUGUUCUGAAAAGAACAAUGAGUACAUUUUAGAAUAAAAUGUGAGUGUAUUUUAUAGCGCACUACAUACAGGUAUGUAUAUUGUCAUUUUGUAUUAUUUUAUCAUUUGCUAUAGUAUGUGUUUAAUCAGUAUAUACAUAUACAGAGUGGCCCAAAAGUUGGUAUAUGGUUGAAUCAAUGAAACUCAUCACAACAGAUUAUAUGGGCACACACACACACACACACAAACACACACACACACACAGACACACAACAAAGUGGCAGUUACAUUUCAUGCAUUUAAACAUCACUGUGGCAGUUGGAAAGAAUAGUGUAGGGUAGAAAAAAGAAUUUAGAACUUAUAAUGCAAAGGUAAAUAUACUGUACACCUACUUUUGGGCCACCCUGUAUUUAAGUUAGUGACUAGUGAUGUUGCAAGAUGAACAAUAUAAAACUAAUCUAUUUUCCAUCACAGGUGUUACUUCAGCACACAUUGACUCACAAGUAGUCAACUCCACUGACUCCGAGACAAAUAUUGCAAGCAACAGUUCUUCUGUUCUUACUACACGCACUGCUUCCAACAUCACCACUCUGUAUCCAACCCCAGGUCUGAGCUGCCCCUCAACUCCAUAAUUCCUUGAAUGUGCCAGUAAAACACCUUGCAAUUUGUAAUACUUGCUAUUAAGAAACAAAUCUAGAUACAUUUACUUUUUAGGUUCGUUCGAAGGCUAAUUUUAUUAACAGAGCAAAGUCCGUUUUGAUUAUCCAGUUUCUUCAUAAAUGUCAAUGACUGAUUACUUCUCCCGAACAUCAUUAUAUUAAUGAUUUAUUUUCCAACACAGGUCUUGCUACAACUUUUACUGUGUCCUUUGACAUGCAAGCACCUAUCUCCAAUCGCAAUGACUCAAGGACAAAUAUCACAAGCACCAGCAUGUCUGCUCUUACCACACUCACUGCUCCCAACAACACCGAUCCAGGUCUGAGCUGUCUCUCAACUCCAUAACUCUGAGAUUCCAUGAAUUUGUCAGUGAAACACAAUGCAAUUAUUAAUAUUUGCUAUCAAGAAACAAAUCUAGAUACAUUUACUUUUUAGGUUUGCUGGAAGGCUAAUUUUAUUUCAUUUUAACAGAGCAAAGUUGUUUUUGAUUAUCCAGUUUGUACAUAUAGUUGUGCUCAAAGGUUUGCAUACCCUGGCAGAAAUUGUGAAAUUUUGGCAUUGAUUUUGAAAAUUUGACUUAUCAGGCAAGAAAAACAUUUUAUUGAAGGAUAGUGAACAUAUGAAACCAUUUAUUAUCACAUAGAUGUUUGGCUCCUUUUUAAAUCAUAAUGAUAACAGAAAUCACCCAAAUGGCCAUAAUCAAAAGUUUACAUACCCUUGAAUGUUUGACCUUGUUACAGACACACAAGGUGACAUACGCAGGUUAAAAUGUCAAUUAAAGGUUAAUUUCCUACAUCUGUGACUUUUUAUAUUGCAAUUACUGCCUGUGUAUAAAUAGUCAAUGAGUUUGUUAGAUCUCACAUGGAUGCACUGAGCAGGCUAGAUACUGAGCCAUGGGGAGCAGAAAAGAACUGUUAAAAGACCUGCAUAACAAGGUAAUGGAACUUUAUAACUAUGGAAAAGGAUAUAAAAAGAUAUCAAAAGCCUUGAAAAUGUCAAUCAGCACUGUUCAAUCACUUGUUAAGAAGUGGAAAGUUUCAGGAAUCUCUUCAUACCAAGCCAAGGUUACGUAGACCAAGAAAGAUACAAAAAAAAAAAAAAACACAGGUAACCUCAGGAGAAAUACAAGCUGUUCUGGAAAAAGAUGGUGGGAUUGUUUCAAGGAGCACAAUACAACAAUACUUGAACAAAAAUUAGCUGCAUGGUGGAGUUGCCAGAAAGAAGCCUUUACUGCGCCAAUGCCACAAAAAAAGCCAGGUACAAUAUGCCCAACAACACCUUACACACCUUCUGGCACACUGUAAUUUGUAGUGACAAGGCCAAAAUAGAGCUUUAUGGUCACAACCACAAGUGCUGUGUUUGGAGAGGGGUCAAAAAGGCCUAUAGUGAAAAGAAUACCAUCCCCACUGUGAAGCAUGGUGGUGGCUCAUUGAUGUUUUGGGUGUGUAAGCUCUAAAGUCACGGGGAAUCUUGUGAAAAGUGAUGGCAAAAUGAAUGCAGCAUGUUAUCGGAAAAUACUGGCAGACAAUUUGCAUUCUUCUGCACGAAGGCUUAGCAUGGGACACUCUUGGACUUUCCAGCAUGAUAAUGACCCUCCAGUGGUUACAGCAGAAAAAGGUGAAGGUUCUGGAGUGGCCAUCACAGUCUCCUGACCUUAAUACCAUCGAGCCACUCUGGGGAGAUCUCAAACGUGCGGUACGUUAAAGACGACCAAAGACCUGGAGGCAUUUUGCAAGACGAACAGGCAGCUAUACCACCUGCAAGAAUUAGUGGCCUCAUAGACCACUAUUACAAAAGACUGCACGCUGUCAUUGAUGCUAUAGGGGGCAAUACACAGUAUUAAGAACUAAGGGUAUGCAGACUUUUGAACAGGGGUCAUUUGAUUUUUUUCUUUGUUGACAUGUUUUGUUUUAUGAUUGUGCCAUUCUGUUAUAACCUACAGUUGAAUAUGAAUCCCAUGAGAAAUAAAAUAAAUGUUUUUUUUCCUGCUCACUCUUUAAAAAUGGUAUAUAUAUUACCAAUUCUCCAAGGGAAUGCAAACGUUUGAGCACAACUGCAAAUGUCGAUGACUGAUUACUUCUCAUGAACAUCAUUAUAUUAAUGAUUUACUUUCCAUCACAGGUCUUGCUACAACUUUUACUGUGUCCUCUGACAUGCAAGCACCUAUCUCCAAUCGCAAUGACUCAAGGACAAAUAUCACAAGCACCAGCAUGUCUGCUCUUACCACACUCACUGCUCCCAACAACACCGAUCCAGGUCUGAGCUGUCUCUCAAUUCCAUAA